CGAGACAGGAAGCGCGGCGGCGCUGGCGGAAGGGACCGCGCAGGAAGCGCCUGCCGGGGCUAAGCCAUCCCCGCGGGCACAAUAACAGGGCGGCGCUGAGGGGCAGAAAUCAUUGCAAAUAUGGGUCCCAGGCGGAAAAAUGUGAAACCGUGCUCGGUGAACAGAGAAGGUUCUGAGUCUACCAAAGCUGAUGAGCCAAAAGAUUACAUGAACCAGCUCUCCCAUGAAGUGCUUUGCCACAUCUUUAGGUACCUUCCCUUGCAGGAUAUCAUGUGCAUGGAAUGCCUGUCCCGGAAGCUGAAGGAAGCAGUCACUCUUUAUCUGCGAGUAGUGAAGGUUGUGGAUUUAUGUGCAGGCCGUUGGUGGGAAUACAUGCCCACUGGUUUCACUGAUUCCAGUUUCCUAACGCUGCUGAGGAAGAUGCCAGACAUUGAACAACUUUAUGGUCUUCAUCCCAGGUAUCUUGAAAGACGCAGAGUUCGUGGCCACGAAGCUUUCAGCAUUCCUGGAGUUCUAGAGGCUUUGCAGGCCUGUCCAAAUCUGUUGGGCGUUGAGACCUCCCAUUUAGAGCUGGUGGAAGCUAUCUGGACAUACAUGCCACAAGUUCAUAUUUUAGGGAAGUUUCGUAAUCGUAACGGUGCUUUUCCAAUCCCUCCUGAGAACAAGCUGAAAAUUCCUAUAGGAGCUAAAAUUCAGACUUUGCACUUAGUAGGAGUGAAUGUCCCUGAGAUUCCUUGUAUCCCAAUGCUGAGGCACCUUUAUUUGAAGUGGGUGAGACUCACUAAACCACAGCCUUUUAAAGAUUUCCUUUGUAUCAGCUUACGCACUUUUGUAAUGAGAAAUUGUGCAGGACCCACAAAUUCUCUGAAGUAUGUUCCCCUAGUGACAGGCCUGGCUUCUGCCCGAAAUCUGGAGCAUCUGGAACUGGUCCGUGUUCCAUUUCUUGGAGGACUUAUUCAGCACGUGGUAGAAGAUAGCUGGAGAUCAGGUGGUUUUAGGAAUUUGCACACUAUAGUUCUGGGAGCUUGCAAGAAUGCACUUGAAGUGGAUCUUGGCUACCUCAUCAUAACUGCUGCACGAAGGUUGCAUGAAGUGCGGAUCCAGCCUUCCUUGACCAAAGAUGGUGUUUUUUCUGCUUUGAAGAUGGCUGAACUGGAAUUUCCACAGUUUGAAACUCUUCAUCUAGGAUAUGUUGAUGAGUUUUUACUACAGUGUAAAAUGACAAAUGGGGACUUGGUGAAGUAUGGCUUGGCUGAUGUGGUUGAAAAUCCAGGAAUUAUUACAGAUAUUGGUAUGAAAGCUGUAAAUGAGGUUUUUUCUUGCAUCAAGUAUCUGGUCAUUUACAACUGCCCACAUCUACAUAACCCAAAUAAUUGGAUCACAGAUCAUUCAAGAUGGACCCGGUUGGUUGACCUCACAUUGGUGCGAUGCCACGCGAUAAAGCUGGAUUCGUUCAGUCAGUUCAUUGAGUUACUGCCAAGCUUAGAAUUUAUUUCUCUGGACCAGAUGUUCCGUGAGCCUCCUAAGGGCUGUGCUCGUGUGGGCUUAAGUGCAGGCACAGGAAUCGGUGUCUCAUCUGCCCUAGUCAGCAAUCAGAACUCUAACAAUGACAAUGACAACAACAAUAAUCACCAAAAUAACAACAAUCCCAACAUCCACCACAACAACCAUCAACAUCCAAAUGACCAAAAUGAGGAGAAUGAGCUGCGGCAGGAUGGGCAAGCUGAAGGGCAGCAGAUUGCAGCUGAGGCACUAAAUGAGAUGGAGGAGGUGGCACCAGAAGAAGGGAUGGCUGCUGGACAGGGCCACAACGAUGUCCCUGCUCACAGCCAGGCUGUUGUUCCUAUGGAGGUUGAUGAAGAGCAAGCAGGACCAAGUGGCAUUCAACCUGUUGUAAAAGCAGCACCUAUUACUGUACAUGAUUCAGACAGCGAGGAUGAGGAAGAAAGCAUGGGAACAAGAGCCUGCAUCACUAACAACAUUGCACAGAAUUACUCAGAUGGAGAAGAGAAAACCAGAGAUCCAGUGGAAACUAAAGAACCUUCAGUGAGUGGUAAAGGCAAGACACCCUUGCGGAAGAGAUGCAGUGCCAGCCAAGUGGGCCAGGCAAAGCAGUUCCAUAUGGAGGAAAGCAGCUGUGAGAAAGGUUGUCAAGUAACAAGUGAGCAGAUUAAAGCAGACAUGAAAGCAGCAAGUGACAUGCCUGAAAGGAACAAAGGCAAAGAUUCUUACCCGAGCUGUGGUAAUGCAACAGGAUCAACAGGAUCAUCCAGCUCCUGCAGUGCUGUUUCUCCUAGCCCUGACUGUGCACAGACAGCUAGUAGCCACUGUGCUGGCACCAGCCUAACAGCUGCAGAUGAAUCCAGGCAGUGUGUCUGCUCACCUUGUAAAAGUGAAGGUUCCAGUGAGAGAGAGACUGAGGAGACCUCUGUUUGUUCCAGGUGUUCCUGCUACAAGCCACAGGACACGCAGCGGAGGACUAGUGGGUGUUGUGAUGGGGAAUGCCCAUCCACCAGUGGUGCCUGCAGGAGUGGACGGAGCAGCACUGGGUCAGAUUUUGCACUUAGGACUCUGCCGAACUGUGGGUCUCCUCGAGAGGCAAGUGGUGAGAGGACUAGUGGGAGUGCCUGUGGGCCUGCCAGUGGGGUGCAGAGCGUGGGCUCACAGCAGAAAACCUGUGAGAUGCAGCAUAAAGAAGAAUAUCCUCGCCGGCCGCUGACGAGAGCUAGAAGCAAGCUGUCACAUGUCCCUCUGGUGUCAGAGUCAGAAGUGACCAAACCAAGGCCAAGGCAAACCACGAAGCGGAAAAGGACUGCUGACAAGUCCACAAGCACAAGUGACCCAGUUAUUGAGGAUGAUCAUGUUCAAGUACUGACUUUGAAAUCCAAAAAUCUUGUUGGAAUCACUUUGACCAAUUGUGGAAUAACAGAUUUGGUACUGAAAGACUGCCCCAAAAUGAUGUUCAUACAUGCUACAAGGUGCCGGGUAUUGAAACACUUAAAAGUAGAAAAUGCACCAGUUGUGAAUCGGUUUGACUACGCCCAGUGCAAGAAGUUAAACAUGGAUCAGGUCCUAGAUCAGAUUCUCAGGAUGCCACCAGAAAGAAACCGUAUCAUUUACCUUCGUCCAAUGCAGCAGGUGGACACACUGACUCUUGAACAGAAGAUAUUUAGUGGCCCCUAUCCCUACCAUAUUUGCAUAAUUCAUGAGUUCAGUAACCCGCCCAACGUCCGCAACAAGGUGCGCAUUCGGAGCUGGAUGGACACGAUAGCAAAUAUUAACCAAGAGCUUAUUAAAUACGAGUUCUUCCCUGAAGCAACACGAACUGAAGAAGACCUGAAGAAAUACACUAAGUACCCUUGGGGACGAGAUAUUUACACUCUAGAAGGCAUUGUGGAUGGUGCCCCUUACUCCAUGAUUACUGACUUCCCAUGGUUGAGGUCACUGAGGACAGCAGAGCCAAACAGCUACGCCAGAUAUGACUUUGAGGACGAUGAGAGAACUACUAUUUACGCACCCCGGAGGAAAGGACAGCUGUCUGCAGACAUCUGUAUGGAAACCAUAGGAGAGGAGAUCUCUGAACUGCGCCAGAUGAAGAAGGGCGUAUUCCAGCGUGUGGUGGCUAUCUUCAUCCACUACUGCGACGUCAACGGCGAGCCGGUCGAGGAUGAUUACAUCUGAGCGGAUCCCCUGUCAUCU